UCCCCACGUCGCUUGCUCGCUCGCUCGCUCGCCGGGCGCACGCUCCGCCUCCGCCAGUCGGGCCGGGCUGUCUAGUGCGCGGCGUGGAGCUGGAGCCGGGGGCCGGGGACCGGGGGUCUGGGAGAUCCGCGCCCGCCGCCGGGCGAAGUCUGAGCCGCGAUGGCCGAGAUGGGCAGCAAGGGGGUGACGGCGGGCAAGAUCGCCAGCAACGUGCAGAAGAAGCUCACUCGCGCCCAGGAGAAGGUCCUUCAGAAACUGGGGAAGGCAGAUGAGACAAAAGAUGAGCAGUUCGAACAGUGUGUCCAGAAUUUCAACAAGCAACUGACUGAGGGGACCCGGCUGCAGAAGGAUCUGCGCACCUACCUGGCCUCCGUCAAAGCCAUGCACGAGGCUUCCAAGAAGCUGAACGAGUGUCUGCAGGAGGUUUAUGAGCCUGACUGGCCUGGCAGGGAUGAAGCCAACAAGAUUGCGGAGAACAAUGACCUGCUUUGGCUGGAUUACCACCAGAAACUGGUGGACCAGGCGCUGCUGACCAUGGACACGUACCUGGGACAGUUUCCUGACAUCAAGUCACGCAUCGCCAAGAGAGGGCGGAAGCUGGUGGACUACGACAGUGCGCGGCACCAUUUCGAGUCCCUUCAAACCGCCAAAAAGAAGGAUGAAGCCAAAAUUGCCAAGCCUGUCUCGCUGCUUGAGAAAGCCGCCCCCCAGUGGUGCCAAGGCAAACUGCAGGCGCAUCUCGUAGCUCAAACUAACCUGCUCCGAAAUCAGGCCGAGGAGGAGCUCAUCAAAGCCCAGAAGGUGUUUGAGGAGAUGAAUGUGGAUCUCCAGGAGGAGCUGCCAUCUCUGUGGAACAGCCGUGUGGGGUUCUACGUCAACACCUUUCAGAGCAUCGCAGGCCUGGAGGAAAACUUCCACAAGGAAAUGAGUAAGCUCAACCAGAACCUCAACGAUGUGCUGAUCAGCCUGGAGAAGCAGAACGGGAGCAACAGCUUCACGGUCAAGGCUCAGCCCAGUGACAAUGUCCCUGCCAAAGGGAGCAGCCCAUCACCACCUCCAGAUGGCUCUCCAGCUGCCACCCCUGAGAUCAGAGUCAACCAUGAGCCCGAGCCGGCCACCACCCCUGGAGCCACUCUCCCCAAGUCCCCAUCUCAGCUCCGGAAAGGCCCACCCGUCCCUCCGCCUCCCAAACACACUCCAUCCAAGGAGGUCAAGCAGGAGCAGAUCCUCAGCCUGUUUGAUGACACGCUUGUCCCAGAGAUCAGCGUCACCACCCCCUCCCAGUUUGAGGCCCCGGGGCCUUUCUCGGAACAGGCCAGCCUCCUGGACCUGGACUUUGACCCUUUGCCACCUGUGGCGAGCCCUGUGAAGGCACCCACGCCCUCUGGUCAGCCAAUUCCGUGGGACCUCUGGGAGUCCACAGAGACUCCAGCCAGCAGCCUGCCUUCUGGGGAGUCCUGCACUGCUGAAGGCUCCUUUGCUGUGUCCUGGCCCAGCCAGACAGCCGAGCCGGGGCCUGCCCAACCAGCAGAGGCCACGGAGGUGACAGGGGGCACCCCAGCUGUGGCCGGAGCCCAGGAGCCCGGGGAGACAGCAGCCAGUGAACCAGCCUCUAGCUCUCUCCCCGCCGUGGUGGUGGAGACGUUCUCAGCAACUGUGAAUGGCACCGUGGAGGGCAGCAGUGGGCCGGGGCGCCUGGACCUGCCCCCAGGGUUCAUGUUCAAGGUGCAAGCCCAGCACGACUACACGGCCACUGACACAGAUGAGCUGCAGCUUAAGGCCGGGGAUGUGGUGCUGGUGAUCCCCUUCCAGAACCCAGAAGAGCAGGAUGAAGGCUGGCUCAUGGGCGUGAAGGAGAGUGACUGGAAUCAGCACAAGGAGCUGGAGAAAUGCCGGGGUGUCUUUCCUGAGAAUUUCACCGAGCGGGUGCAGUGAGGACAGCUCUCCGGGCAUGUGAAGAACUCCUUCUCCCGAAAAAUGUGUGUUUCUUUUUUUUUUUCUUUUA